UUCUCGGGGAACCUGGCACCGCCAACGCCAGACAUGCUGCUGCUGCUGCUUCUGGCCCUGCUCUGGUGGAGAGAGGGGGCUGAGGGUCAGAGGGAGUUGGAGAAGUAUUACUGGCUGCAAGUGCAGAAGUCAGUGACGGUGCAGGAGGGUCUGUGUGUGCGGGUGCCCUGCUCCUUCUCCUACCCCCGGGAUGGCUGGACUGACUUUACUCCAGCUCACGGCUACUGGUUCCGGGAAGGGGCCAAAACAGACCGAGCUGCAUUAGUGGCCACAAACAACCCAUAUCGAGAAGUGCAGGAGGAGACCCAGGGCCGAUUCCACCUCCUUGGGGACCCCUGGAGAUACAACUGCUCCUUGGACAUCAGAGACGCCAGGAGGACAGAUGAUGGAAAAUACUAUUUUCGAGUGGAGAGAGGAAGUUUUGUGCAAUAUUCUUACACAAGUAACCAGCUCUCUGUGCAUGUGACAGCCCUGACCCACACACCAGACAUCCUCAUCCCGGAGACCCUGGAGUCUGGCCGCCCCAGGAACCUGACCUGCUCUGUGUCCUGGGCUUGUGAGGGGAGCACACCCCCCAUCUUCUCCUGGACAUCAGCUGCCCUUACCUCCCUGGGCCCCAUGACCAACCUCUCCUCAGUGCUCACCCUCACCCCACGGCCCCAGGACCACGGCACCAGCCUCACGUGUCAGGUGAAGUUCCCUGCAGCUGGUGUGACUGUGGAAAGGACCAUCCAGCUCCACGUCACCUACUCUCCACAGAACUUGACCGUCACUGUCUUCCAAGGAAACAGCACAGGUAGGAAGGAGCUGUGAGCAGCUGUCCCCAUCGCCCCCUCACUCCCCUCAGACUUGUCCACCCCUCUUCUCAGCUCCACAAGGAGAACAGGGCAACAUUCACACA